AAAAUAUGGGGACUCGGAGUCAUUUUAAAGUCGGGCUGACAACUCGGUCAAGCACAGGUCAAUUAUGACGGGGCAUUAAUUAAUGGCAUUUCGAAUUAGUUGUGUGUGAUGUUCGGAUCAAUUUACUGAAAUGUUCCAGCUUCGGCUCAAACUUUCGAAGCUGAUCUCUAUUGGUUCCGGUGUAGUCCAGGAAAAUCGAUACACCGAAUGAAAAUUCGCGCAACUCAAGGUAAAAACGACUUGGAGCUUUAGUUUCGAUAAAAACAAGUUAGGAAUUCCGAAAAACGCGUUGCAACCUUGAGCGAAUCAUUCAAAUUGGCUCUAGAUUAUCAAGGCAAUAUCAAAAACAAGUUUAAUGAUUUCGAAACGGUGACCUUUCCUACGGGUCAAAUUUACAACGACUUACCUGCCCCGGUUUGAUGUAAAACGAAGGAAAUACUAAUUGCUGCGUAUUUCCAAGACUUCACGAGUUGAGGGAGUUUUUUUUAUAGAGAAAUACUCAAAAAAUCAUGACACACAAGGAAAAAAGAGUGGCCAGGUGGUACUUUGGUGGAUUAUCGUCCGCCUUUGCGGCAUGUUGCACCCACCCGCUCGACUUACUCAAAGUGCAUCUUCAGACGCAGCAAGAAGCUAAACUGACCCUUGUUAAAAUGGCUAAAAACGUCGUUAAAACUCAAGGUGUUUUGGCUCUCUACAAUGGGUUGUCAGCUUCCCUGCUGCGCCAGUUAACUUACUCAACAACGCGAUUUGGUAUUUACGAAGCAGUGAAACAAAAGUAUCAGCCGGACACUUUCGCUUCUAAGGUGGCGCUUGCUGCCGGAGCUGGAGCGUGUGGAGGUUUUAUUGGAACCCCUGGCGAUAUGGUGAACGUACGAAUGCAGAAUGAUAUUAAACUGCCCAAAGAAAAACGAAGAAACUACAAACAUGCCUUGGAUGGAUUGGUGCGCGUCUAUCAAGAAGAGGGUGUCCGUCGGUUAUUUAGCGGUGCUUCCACAGCUACAUCCAGAGCGAUAUUUAUGACAAUCGGUCAGCUAUCGUUCUACGACCAGAUCAAACUGCUACUUCUCAAGUCUGACUAUUUUGGAGAUACUCUGACAACGCACUUUUUAUCCAGUCUCUGUGCGGGUGCAAUAGCAACAUCGCUCACUCAACCUCUCGAUGUGCUAAAAACGCGAGCUAUGAGUGCAAAGCCUGGGGAAUUUUCCUCGGUUGGUGCCAUAAUUUUACACACUGCUAAGUUAGGGCCCAUGGGCUUCUUUAAGGGUUACGUCCCAGCGUUCGUACGACUUGCUCCUCAGACAAUCCUCACAUUUGUUUUCCUCGAACAAAUGAGGCUGAACUUUGGCUUCUUGCCUCAAGGAAACACUCAUCAACUUUAGUAAAUGAUUGUUAGGACGGAAUUUAUAAAACAUGUUAAUAAAUUAAUUCCCUACUAUAUUUAGGCCGCAACAUCAAUGAGAUGCUGUUAUUUAUUAACGUUUGUUGUUAAGUUUAUUCGUUUUCAUUCCAAAAAAUAUGCUAACUACAAAUCAGUCGAUUACGAUAUAAUAUUUUCUACUUACUUCUGUUUUGUUGUGGGCGUAUGCCAUAUUUUAUGUUUGAUACUUAUUUCAAUCGAAAAAUUAUUUUUCUUUGUUGUUUUAUGUUAUACUGAUUGUGAUAAAGCACAAAUGCUUUGAAACUGUGUUUAGUUGGUUCUCUAAAUUUGAGAUAUUUUUCGGAAAUAAUUGUUAUCAAAAUGGAUUUACUAAGACAUAAAACUUUGUUGUUUGUAGAGUAAUAAAUAUGUAUAAUCCAA